UCCGUUUCCACCACCUGCAAUUGUCUCCAACAGUUCCAAUCCAAAACAACUGUCUUUGAUAAAAUAUCCGCCAUGAUCGGUCUGAGCAAGCUCCGCUCGGCGCUCACCGUGGUGUUUGCUGUCUCUGUUGUAGCCAUACUCGCUCAGCUCUUCUGCGUGAUCCGGCGACGGAGAAGGAUCCGUCGGCAGAGCGUCUCCGGCGGCGAGGAGAAUUCACUCUACAAUCCCUCAAAGGAGCUCUUCUACUUUUUCUGCUGGAAAAAUCAGUCCCGCAUCGAGCCCCAGCAAGCUCCUUCUCCCUCUCCGCCUCUACGCGCAGGAGAAACGGCGGAUAUCGACGACGUUUUGAAGUGGAGGGGACUGUACAUGUACGGACCGUCUAGGUUUUUGUUUACGAUAGAGGAGGAGGAGAGAGAGGGUGUGGACUCUGAGAACUGUUCUUCCUCGGAGAAAGGGAAGACGAAAUCGAAGAGGGUGAUUACGGAGGAGCGCGUUGGGGUCGUUGGGGUGUCGAGCUCGUUGCCAGUGGUGGCCGUGACGAUCGAUGUGGACGUAGCAACGCCGUUUUCAACGCCUUGUGCUUCGCCGCCUUACUACACUCCUUUGCCUUCUCCUACUCGUGAGAUGGAACCUAGGACCUGAUCAAAUCUGACACGCUCGUGAGGAAGUAACGAAACAAUUGCGGUUUGGGAAUUUGGACGCUGAAUGGUUGCAAAAAUAUCCCGAUGACAUGAGGAUGGUAUUUCCGGCGAUGACAAGCUGAAUGGGUGCGAAAAUGCUGUAAAAAUUUCCGACCAGGGAUAAGUUAUGGGCCGCGGAACUUGUUUAACAGUUUUGUAAUGUAUAUGUCCAAAUGUAUCCAUAGUGGACAAAGCAAUUCCUCUUGGUUCAUUACUGUUUUUGGUUCGUUUUCACUAUGCUUUGAGUAAAGGGUAUUAUACCUCUAAUAAUUGUUAAUUGUUCA